AUGGCGACAACAGGCAAGUACAAGUAUACCGAUAUCGUCUUUGAGAUCAAAGGGAAAAUCGGGAUAAUCAAGUUGAAUCGACCCAAGUCACUCAAUGCCUUUGGAGGCAGGCUGUUGAUCGACGUUAUCUCUGCUCUUAGGGAGUUGAAUGAACAUCCGGAGACUGUGUUUACUGUCAUCACGGGCGAAGGCAGAUUCUUUUCAUCCGGAGCCGAUGUUAAAGCCAUGCUUACACGCAAAGAACCCGAGUACGCAAACCUAGCAGAGAAGAAGGUCGCAACAGUAGCUGGGUUCGCCGAAGCACUCGAGCUCGUCCGGUCAAUGGUCGACCAUAAAAAGGUCCUCGUCCUAGCACUCAACGGACCCGCCGUCGGUGGUGGAGCGGCGUGGUUCGAAGGACAGGCGGACAUUGUGCUCGCCGCUGAAGGAGCGUACCUACAAGUCCCAUUCAGUGCCUUGGGGUUGGUCCCUGAAUUCGGCUCGGCGACUGCAUUCUCACAGUCCAUGGGCGUCCAUCGCGCCAACGAUUUUCUCAUGUUCGGGCGCAAAUUGACCGUCGAUGAACUCGAGAAGUAUGGGAUGGUCAAUCGUAUCUUGCCCAAAGAGAACUUUCACCAGAAAGUGCUCGAAUUCUUGGAAGCUCAAUUGGAAGUGAACGAUGGGAAGAGCAUGAUGGAAAUGAAAAGGUUGCAAAACUUACCUCUGCGGAGGGAUCGGUUGAUGGCGUUGUAUGAUGCGCUUGACGCCUUGUCAGAGCGCAUCGCUGAAGGCGCCCACACCAAGAGAUUUGCCCAGAAGAAUGCAGAGUUGGCCGGUAAGUCUUCUGAAUCAAUUCGCGGCUCGAUGAUGAGAAGCCGGUGA